AUGGCGGAGAACGAGGAGACUGCGGAUUUCAAAUUUUCCGUGCGACUGAAUUGGGAAACUGAGAAAGACGACCGGGACCCUUUUGCUUUGAUCUAUGGAGAGGAAGCCAAAAAAAAUGAAAAAGUUGUCACAAAAUACGAAUUUGAAGGGAAGUCCGUCCUCCUUUCCGUCUUUAAUAAAGAAAAGGAAGAACGAUUUAAAACCCAAAACACAGGGCAGUACAGAGGCUUUAAUGGGUUUGUCACCGUCGUCUUCCCCGACGAACGGAACAGUAUCGACCAAGCUUCAUACCAAAACACAGAAAUCGUUCGAUACACUCACGACCAAAUUUUCAUCAUUACUGUUGUCUUCAAGAGUAAAGACAUUACCAGUAUCAUGACCGAACAAGACAAAACAAAUUUUGAAAACCCAGUCUGUGAUAAUUAUCACUUCGCAGAAGUCGAGGUGGAUGACUCCGAGAAGUUAAAAGAGAUGGUCAAAGGUAUUGCCCAGGCGCUCAUGGCUUUGUCUCUUCAAGAGAAAGAAGAGGAGGAGAAAAAGAAAGAGGAAGAGGAGGAGAAGAAAAAAGGGAAGAAAGGUAAGAAGGACAAGAAGAAGGAUAAGAAGUCCAAAAAAGGUGACAAGGAAAAGUGCUGUAUUGUGUAA